GUUAUCAAUUGUAAAAUUUUUUGAUUUUUCUAAGUAAACAUACUUGUAUGUUUCAAUUAGCGUUCGCCGUUCAGUAUCGUUUUAGCUGCAGUAAUUUUUGCAUUAUAUUUUGCUGAUCGUAAAGUACAACAUUAUUUUAUAGCGUGUAUUAUUUCGUGUAUUAUUUCGAAAAAUAUGAGUUCUUCUUCUUUACUAAAUUGGAUAAAUAAACGUUCAAAGUCUAAUGAUGAAUGUGAUCUUACUGCAAAUAAAAGACCGUGCGUUGAAAGUGAAUAUACAUCACGUAUUAAAGAAUCAAAUGAAAAUAUGGAACUCCACGAAACUAGUGACUUGCCCGAUUUUGGAAUAAAGGAUGAAUACAAUAUGAAAAUAAAUAAGUCAAAAACUAAAAUCCUCGUCUGUGGUCGUAAUCAAACAGCAAAUUGGGAUAUAAAUUUAGAUGGUGACACACUAGAAGUAUUCAAUGAAUAUAAUUAUUUGGGGAGCAUUGAUACAGAUGACGGAAAAUUCGCUCAAGAAAUAAGAUGCCGAUUACAACAGGCUUGUUGUGCAUUCCAGAAAAAAAAAAACCCAGCACAGGGGGGUCGCGGCACAGUUGUGACGUGGUAUAGUUGGAUCAAGUAUAAUGAUAUCUGACAGUGAUUAAAAUCACUAUCAAAAAUAAACGCUUCGAUGCAAAUCUUUAGAUAGUGUUUAAUUUUAAAGAAAUUGGUGUAUUAUUUCAAA